UGCUGUUGGACUGAAAUGUGUUUUAUUUGCUGCAGGUGGACAGGUGACCUCUGAGCAGCAGAUGUCCUGUUCUAGUUGAGGUUCUGGGAUCCAAGGCUCCUCUCCAGUCCAACUGUGGCCUUCAGGGGACAUAAUGAACUGGCAGGUUCUGGAGAACUCAGAUCAUAGAUGAGUUCUAGGUGUUUGUGGGUCACUUCGGUUCUUUCUCAUGGUCCCUGUUUAACAUGUUUCAUUGUUUCAGACUGAAUGAGCUGCAGCUGAACUGUUCACAUACUUUUGGCCAGGACCGGUUCUGGUUGCAGCAGUAAAACAGGUGGACUGUCCCUUUAAUGCCCCCCCCCCCCCAAAAAAAAAAAAAAAGCAGCUGACAGCAGAAGAAGGCCAGCUGGUGUAUUUAUAGCAGAGUUCCUCAGAGUGUCAGACCCGGUCCGUCUCAGUCCUCUGCCUCUGGACCUUCGCCUCCGUUCGUCAUGCCCGGCAGCCAGGCCCGGUGUCGGGCAAGAGACCGCAACAACAUUCUGAACCGGCCCGAGUUCAUGUCUCUGAACCAGCCUCCCCGCAAGGAGCAGGCGGGGGAGGGCCGGGGGGGCGCCGGUCCGAGAAGAUCCAUGUUCAGACAGCAGAGUCAGCAGGACGACGCCGGGGGGAGGGGGUCCCGCGACUCCUCCGAGGGUCCUGCAGCUGACGGAGCGACGCCUCCUUCGUCCCGGUGGCCGGAGCAGGACUGCAUGCAGCUCAACCCGACGUUUCGAGGCAUCGCCGUGAGCUCUCUGCUCGCCAUUGACCUCAGCCUGUCGAAGCGUCUGGGCGUGUGCGUGGGGGCUCAGGGCGGCGGGGCGCCGCUGCGCUCCGUGGUGACGCUGCUCGCCCUGACAGGCCACGCCCUCCCCUGGAUCUGUGGGACGCUCAUCUGCCUCUGGAGGAGCAACACGCUGGCCGGACAGGAAGUGCUGGUCAACCUGCUGCUGGCAUUGCUGCUGGACCUGAUGACGGUUGCUGGGAUGCAGAAGUUGGUCAAACGUCGAGGCCCGUGGGACCUCCCUCCGGGGUUUCUGGACUACGUUGCCAUGGAUAUGUAUUCUUUUCCAGCAGCCCACGCCAGCCGGGCCGCCAUGGUGGCCAAGUUCCUGCUGAACCACCUGGUGCUGGCGGUGCCCCUCAGGAUCCUGCUCUACCUGUGGGCCUUCCUGGUGGGCGUGUCCCGGGUGCUGCUGGGGAAACACCACGUGUCAGACGUCGGCUGCGGCUUCGCUCUUGGCUUCCUGCACUUCAGCCUGGUGGAGUCGGUUUGGUUGGACUCGGCGACCUGCCAGACCCUCAUCUCCAUUGGCACGCUGCGCUGGACGCCACUGGUCUAGAACCAGUUCAGACUAGUUCAGGUGGGAUUCACAGUGCUGCUGAAUCCAGUCUGAACGCAACACCACGCUGCAGAGGACAACUGGUUCCGACCCGUCCGAACUGGUUUAGGCUGCUUUGGAUUGGUCCAUUCUGAAAAGAUAUCCAGUUCUAGUCUGGACUGGUUUAAACUGGUCCUGCUGGAUUCUGCUACCUGUCUUACUGUCUCUGGUUUAGACCAGCUUAGACCAGCUCAAACUAGUAUACCCUGUUUUAGAUUGCUUUAAGGCUGCUAUUAACUCUUCUCAUUAAGUCUGGAUGGGUUAAACCGGUCCAGACCGCUUCGGAUUGGUCCAUUCUGAAACAGUGACCAAGUUCCAGUCUGGUCCAGACUGGUUUAAACUGGUUUUGCUGGAUUCCUCUAGCUCUAUUACUCUUAUCUUGGUAAAUAGUUUAGACCGGUUUAGACUGGUUUAGAUCACUAUAAGGCUGCUAAUAACUGCUCUAGUCCAGUUUGGACUGGUUUAAACUGGAUGCAGUGACUGUAAAGAAGCUUGUCUUGCAGUCAAGUGUUAGCAAGACGAUGCUAACGUUAGAAGGACUGGACUACCUGGUUCAGACGGAGGCUUGUGUUUCAGGUAUCGAGGCCGCUCAAACCUCCUGACGUGUUUUUGUGUUUGCUGUCGUCUGAUUGGCUGCAAAUCGUAUUUGUAUCGUUGAAGUCAAACUCAGAGUUGAUCGUUGCCAUCAGAAACGUUGACGGGUCAACUUUCAGACAUGUUUGAAGACAUGUUUAACGCUAUGAGAGCACGACUAAAUAAAUAAAAUUAAUUCUGCAGAAAAAAACAUCAAAUAUUUUGUAACAACCAUAAAGUAGACGUUUAAGUUGAAACUGGAUGAAUUUGUCUGUUCAGUCGACGUCGCAGUAAAACUUAGCAAACAGCUGGAACGACCCAAGAAACCUUAAAUGCAAAUAAAAACUGAAAAUGUGUUCGGAGCAGCUGAGGAUGAGGACAGUUUGUGUUUCGCUGGUUGAAGGUUCUGGAAGUUCUGUGUUGAGAUGAAUUGUGAGUUUUGUAUUUGAUACGAACGACUGGUUUUAGUUCAAGCUUUUGUUCGGCUGCUUGUGUUUAGACGCAUUUAAAAUGUUUAACUUUUUCUAAGUUCCUGUAGUUUGGUGUCAGAGCUGCAACUCAGGCGCCGUCGAGGAACUUUCAGAAAUGUUUUAGUUUCCGGUUCAGUGUUUUGCAGGUAACUUCUUAAAGAUCAGACUGUUUAAAUUCACAGUGAUGAAUGUAGAAAAUGAAGUUCUUCAAGUUUAAUUGCAGUUUCCUCCCACAUUAAUGAUGUUGUUUGUUUUUUACUGAUUCCUCCACAAUCUAGAACCAUGUCUGGUUCUCUUCUGCUGACAUUAAACCAGGUGCUGCUGUUAAACCUGUUCAGUCGAUGCUUUCAUGAUUUUCUUUCACUAAGGAGACUGCAGCAUCUUUAAUGAGGAAUUAAACCUGAAAAACAAAGUGUUGUACUGGAGUAACCUGCUGCUUGUGUUAAAUCUGAGGAGGGAAUCAGGAUCGCUCUAUUUAUGCAAAUAUUUUUACGUUAAACUUGAUAUUUUGAAGAAGAAAUAAGUUUAAGAUGUGCAACUCUAUGCAGACGAGACGCCACUGUUCAUCACCGCUCAUGUCUUUGUCGAGCUUCCUUCGUCUUCUUCUAAUGCGACUUUACAGGAUUCCAAAUAAACACUGGAUGUACAUGAGGAAGACCUGUCGACUAGCUUAACAUUAAAUCUGCGUUAAGUGAGUCACUGGAAUCAUAACGAACAGAAACGGAACUCUUCAUCCUGAAUCAUUUCUUAAAAACUGCAGAAACUAACUUUGUCCGUUUCAGUUUAAAUGGUUCCAGCCUCACUUUAAACAUCCAUUAAUGUUCAGACUCACAGCAGCUGGUGUCAAAGAGAUUCUGAGCAAAGUUUCCUGGAAACUAAAACAUCUGGUUUGGAAACAGAAAAACUGAUUCAUGGAAUGAAAACAGACUGAAACAGAAAGUGACGAUUCAAACUAUGCAUCUGUUCUGUUUGAAUAAAAUCUAUUUUCA